AUGUAAGCAAGUCAAUCAAAUGAUGAGCCAAUGAGUUAUGUUUCACAAAGGCCUUCAGCAGCAUAACUGAGAUUUUGGCAGUAGAGAGAAGAUGAACUUUAAAGAGAGAUGCAGAAAGUAAAUGAUUUAUUAAGUGGCAAGCUAGUACCCAGUGCUGAUCAGCCACUUCAAAUAGAUUUCAAGAUAUGGAAUAGAGUGAUUUAUAAAAGAAUGAGAGAAUAGCGUAAAAUAAUACAAGAACAAGACGGAAGAAACUAAAAGCGAAUGACUGAAGAGAAAACUAAAAAAGUCAAAGAGAUGGAAGAUAGAAGAAUAUAGCAAGAUCUAAAAGUACGAUCUAUUAUAAUGAGCGCUAAGAAAUUAAAGUAAAAGAGUCCAAAGAAGAUAAAACAAAUCAAGAAACGUUUAAAGCUCUCAGAGCUCUUGAAUAAAUUCAAUGUUAAUACAGAAGAAGGAAUGACUGCUGCACUUGAGUAGACUUUGAAAUUUCAACUCAUUAAGGAACUUGUUAGAGAGAGAAACUAGUCUUAGCCAACUAUUUAGAUUGAUAAAUUUGAGGGAGGAUCAGCCAAUAAAAUCUAGUAAACAGCCAGAGGUGGGAAUGGGAAUCCUAAUAUCAAUGUAGCACAGAGAGUUUCAUAGUCUCAGACAAUGACUCCUCAGAAGUCUGCUGGAAUCAUACACCCACUUCAACAGAAAUAAAUGAACAUGUAGGCUUAUAGCUACAGAAUUACUCUUAAAAACUAAAUGAAUGGUUAAAAGGAUAAAAUGAAAAAAGAAGUAAAUGACUAUCAGAGGUAUUUAGUAAAUAAACUUGAGAACUGUAUGAGUGAAAGAAGUCACACAGUAUUCCAGUCAUAACUGAAUAAAAUCAAGCAUGAAAUAGAGAGUGAGUAUGAAACAUACAAGAAUGAUCAAAGACUUAAAAGGAAAAUUUACUAUCCAUAUACAAUCCUCGAUCAAUUAAGAAAAGAUGCCCUAAUGCUAUGA